AAAACCUUCCACUAUAUAAAUACCUGUAAGAAUAUUUAUGUUCUUAGAACAUAAAGUAGAAUCAGCUGCAGAGGAUUAAGUCUAAUAUCUACAGAUUAAGAAAACCCCUCAUGAUAAUGUGAAGUAAAACUUUUGUACACAUGUACAGUGGCGCCUCUAGAGGUUAGGCGGAGAAUAACACACAGGAAACGUCUAAAACCUUAGAUUUCACUAAAUCCUGCUCCAGAGAUGUGUUUGAGAUGACCUGUGAAACACCGGGUGAAGUUUGUGUCGCAGGUUCAACACACUGCUGGUGUUUGUGAGGUUAGUGUGUGGAUGUGGAGGGAGUCACAGGCUGUACGCUGUCUCCGGAGCUGUGUACACCCACACGAGCGGUUUCUCCGUAGAGCUGAUAGUGAAUAGGAGUGAGCGCAGCGCGUGCGGGGGGCGGAGGGGAAGGAGGAAACAGAAGAGAAGCCGCUGAGGGAGGGAGAGAGGAGAGCCAGUCAGGUUCUGUCCAGCGCGACUUUUUGUUGAAUAUUUCGCUUUAUUUUUAUAUUUUUAAACACCCGUUAGUGUCAGAGGGGAUCUCUGGAGAACGACUCGGAAGGACGGUGAGAGGGUUUUAAGGGGAAAAUGGCCGCGGCGGGUGCUGCGGCCUGCGGCUCGUCCGAAUCCUCGGACUGGAUUUUGGUCAGAGACGGGCGGCUGCGCUGCGACGAGGAGGGCCUGCGGAGCCUCUCCUAUCACCCGGCCCUCAACGCCAUCCUGGCCGUGACCAGCCGCGGAAGUAUCAAAGUCAUCGACGGCACUUCCGGAGCCAUAUUACAGGCCUCUGUGCUGCAUGCGAAGCCCGGAGGCCGUGUGAGGUGUCAGUACUUCCCGGCGGUGGAUAAGGUUCUGUUUGUGGAUGAUUACGCGGUGGGAUGCAGGAAGGACCUGAACGGAAUUCUGCUCUUGGACACGGCUCUGCAGGCUCCUGUGUCCAAACCGGAGGACAUGGUCCAGCUGGAGCUCCCGGUCACAGAGGCUCAGCAGAUGCUGUACGCGUGCCUGGAGAAGGUGGACAUUGUGAACACAGAAGGUUAUGACCUCUUCCUCACACAGCUGAAAGAAGGCCUGAAAAAUACCUCACACGAGACGGCAGCCAAUCACAAAGUGGCCAAGUGGGCGACGGUGACGUUCCAUCUGCCCCACCACGUGUUAAAGCUGGUGGCGAGUGCCAUAGUGAACGAGCUGAAGAAGCUGAACCAGAACAUCGCUGCUCUGUCUGUCGCCUCCUCCGUCAUGGACAGACUCUCCUACCUCUUACCCAGCGCCAGGCCGGAGCUCGGGGUCGGCCCGGGACGCUCCGUGGACAGGUCUUUGAUGUACAGCGAGGCCAACAGGAGAGAGACCUUCACGUCGUGGCCUCACGCCGGUUACAGGUGGGCUCAGCCCGACCCCAUGGCCCAGGCCGGCUUCUACCACCAGCCUGCAUCUACAGGAGACGACCGGGCCAUGUGCUUCACCUGCAGCGUGUGUCUGGUCUGCUGGGAGCCUACCGAUGAGCCGUGGUCCGAGCACGAGCGCCACUCGCCCAACUGCCCCUUCGUCAAGGGAGAACACACCCAGAACGUUCCUCUGUCCGUCACUCUGGCCACCAGCCCCGCCCAGUUCCCCAGCUCCGACUGCUCCGAUAAGAUCUCCUGCUACGGCUUCGGGAGCUGCCCGCACUUUCUCGCUACGGCCACCAAGAGAGGCAAGAUCUGCGUCUGGGACGUGUCCAAGCUCAUGAAGGUCCAUUUAAAGUUCGAGGUGAACCCGUAUGACCCGGCCAUCCUCAGGCAGCUGAUCCUGUCAGGAAGUGAACAGCAGAGCGUGUCUGGUUCUGAUUCUCGCAGACCCACACUGGCCUGGCUAGAGGACGCGUCCAGCUGCUCGGACAUCCCCAAACUGGAGGGGGACAGUGAUGAUCAGUUGGAGGACUCGGACAGUGAGGAGCAAUCCAGAUCCGAGUCUGUCACCGGGCCGCUGGGUCCGAAGGAAAGCAUGGAGGUGAGCGUGGGUGUGACGGCUCUGAGCGUUCUCCAGCAGCCUGAGAAGCUGCAGUGGGAGGUGGUAGCCAGUGUUCUGGAGGACACGGUUAAAGACCUUGAGGAACUGGGAGCGAACCCUCCUCAUGCUCUCGGUCCCUCUAAAGUAGACAAACCCAUCAAGGACAAACCCGUCGAGCAGCACAACAUUCCCUUCCCAUGCUUGCUGGCCGGAGGUUUAAUGAGCUACCGUUCGGCCGCCAGUUCUCCGAUCGUGGCCCCGUCCCAAUCCCAUCGCCCCAUGGAAAACCCGCUAAGGACUCCUACUCCGGCCCCUGAGGGUCUUUCACCCGAUCAAGGGCCGAUGGAGAUCGAAACUUGCACCUUCCCCUCUGAUCUGGGUUCUCCGGGUACGCUGGUUCGCCGGACGCUCCCGGUUCUCCUGCUCUACAGCAUCAAAGAAGCGGACGAGAAGUCUCCUGGGAAAGUUUUCUCCCAAAUGAACAAUCUGAUUGGGAAAGGGCUUCACGAGGAAGGCUUCACCGUUCCUCAGAUCAUCGAGAUGGAGUUCGAUACGCAUGAGCAGCUUCUGCUCCAGGACCCACCCGUCACAUACAUCCAGCAGUUCGCAGACGCGGCAGUCACGUUAGACGGAGAGAAGUGGAACUCGCCGAGACCGGGUACGUUAGUGCAAUGCCUUCGCCUCCCUAAAUCCCUAGAGGACGAGAACCUUUAUGUGGACUCCAUCACUCCCUGCAGUGACGGUGCUCACCUGCUCGUCGUCCUGCAGCCCUUCUCUAUCGAAUCGCUCAACGCUAUUAACCAGGUGGAGGCGCUGAACACGCUAAACCGCCUGCAUUCCGCUCUGUGUAGAAGUCGGAAAGGCCAGACGAUGACUAACGGACAUCAGGGACACGCCGGCACAUCUCAGAGCCAAACGCCGCUCAUCCUGCCUCCUUUAGAGCAGCUGGAGCAGCCGCACUCCUCCAGGCCACUAGGGGGCAGCGGAGGAGGUGGAUAUUUGGCGCUCUACAAGCUGAACUACUCCACGCGCAUUGUCACGCUCGAGGAGGAACCCGUGAAGGUCCAGCAGAUCCGAGAUCCCAGAGACUCCAUCACGUCGCUGCUCCUGCUCCCGCCGGACGUGCUGGACGCGAGGGAGGACGAUGCAGAGGAGACGUCCGAGGAGUCCACUCCGAUGGGGGUGAAAAACGGUGCCGGGACGGGAAUUCCGGCUCCGGCGGGAUCAGGGAAGGAAAAGAGGUCCGAUGUGACCGGACUGGGCCACUUGGUGGUCACGACGCAAGCAGGAUACGUGAUGAUCCUGGACCUGUCCACUCUGGAGGUGCUGGCCAAAGUGGAACCGUCUAAGAAAGAAGGGAUGGAAGAGGUGGAUCCCUUCGUCUCUGUCACUUACUGCUCCGGCACGGAUCGCCUGUGUGCCUGCACUAGAGGUGGAGAGCUUCAUUUCCUUCAAAUUGGAGGUGUGUGUGACGAUAUUGAUGAUGCCGACAUUUUUGUCGAUGGCCCCGUUUCUAAAGGGGUCGAGCAGCUACUGGAGGGAGCCAAACCCUCGUCUAAUCCAUCGAGCCCCGGCAUCACAGGAGUUGACCUCCUGGUGGAGCAGCCCCUGAGCGUGGAGACACUGUCCUCGCUGGUGGAGCUGACGCGCUUCGAGACGUUAACGCCACGCUUCUCAGCCACGGUGCCGCCCUGCUGGGUGGAGGUGCAGCAGGAGCAGCAGCAGAGGCGCCACCCUCAACACCUCCACCAACAACACCAUGGAGACGCCGCACAGCACACGCGCACCUGGAAACUACAGAGCGACAGCACCAGCUGGGACGAGCACGUGUUCGAGCUGGUCCUGCCCAAAGCCUGCAUGGUGGGACACGUGGACUUCAAAUUUGUGCUUAACACCAGUAUCACCAACAUUCCUCAGAUCCAGGUCACGCUGCUGAAGAAUAAAGCGCCCGGACUUGGAAAGGGCAGCGAGUCAGCAGUAGAUCGUCAGAUCGUCUUCCCCCUGUCUCACUCGCUGCAGACGAACGGUGAGAGGAACGGUCAGCCUCUACUGCACGACUUCACCGACGACAUCCCGAUCAUGGACAUCGAGGAGACCGGGGGAUCCAGACUGUGUCCGUUCCUGGAGGACCAUAAAGAGGACAUCCUGUGUGGUCCCGUGUGGUUGGCCAGCGGUCUCGACCUUUCGGGUCACGCCGGGAUGCUGAGCCUCACCAGCCCCAAACUCGUUAAAGGCAUGGCAGGAGGAAAGUACCGAUCGUUCCUGGUCCAUAUAAAGGCGGUGUGUGAGAAGGGACCUGAGGAGAGUCCACGCCGAAUCGUGCGCAUGACUCCCACCAAACCACAGUGCAGCAACAAAACACACUCGCUUUCCUCCCUACUGCAGAAAGCACAGGCAUCCAAGGAAAAGGCCUCCACGUCCAAAUCUGAUCCUCAGGUGGCCUCGAAAAAACUGGAUAACCUGCGGGGCUGUGACCUGCUGCUGGAGGUCUCCAUCACCAUCAGGAGGUUUAAGAAGACGUCCGUACCCAAAGAGAGAGUGCAGCGGUGUGCGAUGCUGCAGUUCCCCGAGCUGCAGGAGAGGCUGCUGUCCGCGCUGUGCGAGCGCAGCGAGGAGAACUCGCCCUCGGAACACGGCCAGAGCCUCAUCCUCGACGUCCUCUGCUGGCUAGCCGGGGUUUACGCUAACGGCCCCUGCAGCCUUAAAGACGGGAAGGAGGGGCUUCAGACCAAAACCAGGAAGCGUCUGGGCGAUAUCGUCCGUGUGUGUUUUUUCCAAGCGGGUCGCAGCAUCGCUCACAAAUGCGCCCGCUUUCUUGCACUGUGUAUAAGUAAUGGUAAAGGCGAGGUGAAUCAGCAGGGUUUCGGUCAGGCGCUGUUAAAGGCCCUGCUGGAUAACAUGCCGUAUUUACCUGCAGCAGCUACGGGAGGUUCUGUGUACUGGUACUUCGUGCUGUUGAACUAUGUGAAAGAUGAAGACCUGGCGAGCUGCAGUACGGCCUGCGCGUCUCUCCUGACGGCGGCGUCGCGGCAGCUUCAGGAGCGUCUCACUCCACUAGAGGCUCUGCUACAGACCAGGUACGGCCUGUACGGCUCCCCGUUCGACCCGGUUCUCUUCGAUCUGGAGGUGAGCGGAUCUUCCUGUAAGAACUCGUACAGCAGCAGCAUCGGAGUUCAGUCAGAUGAGAUCGACCUGUCGGACAUUCUCUCAGGGAACGGUAAAGUGAGUGGUUGCGGUGCUGAAGGAAGCUUCACGUCUCUCACCGGCCUGCUGGAGGUAGAACCUUUGCACUUUACCUGCGUGUCCACCAGCGACGGAACCCGAGUGGAGAGGGACGAUGCAAGUAUGUUCACCGUGAGCACAUUUGGGGUGACCCCCAGCGUGGCGGGGUUAUCGGGGAGCACGGUGGGAGAAGCGUCUACAGCUCUGAGCUCGGCUGCGCAGGUGGCUCUGCAGUCGCUCUCCCACGCCAUGGUGUCUGCAGAACAACAGCUGCAGGUCCUGCAGGAGAAACAACAACAACUGCUCAAACUGCAGCAACAGAAGGCCAAGCUGGAGGCGAAGCUCCACCAGACAUCAUCAGUGGCGGUGCAGCCUCACAGCUCUGUGGUGUCCAACUCCUCCGGAGCUCCCGGCUUCUUCAUCCAUCCCAGCGACGUGAUCCCGCCCACGCCCAAAACCACACCCCUCUUCAUGACUCCACCCCUGACUCCGCCCAACGAGGCAGUGAGUGCAGCCAUCGGGGCGGAACUUGCACAGCUGUUCCCCAACAACAUCAUUGACCCGACUCCGCCCACUACACACACGCACAGCAAGAACGCACACAAGACCAAACCGAACCCGAUGGGCAGCGGUCUGGCGUUGGCCAUUUCUCAGGCCUCACACUUCCUCCAGCCUCCACCUCACCAGUCCAUCAUCAUCGAGCGCAUGCACUCGGGAGCGCGGCGGUUCGUGACGCUGGAUUUCGGACGUCCCGUGUUGCUGACCGACGCUCUGAUCCCCACGUGCGCUGACUUGGCGUCUCUGUCCAUCGACAUCUGGACUCUGGGUGAGGAGGUGGACGGACGCAGGCUGGUGGUGGCGACGGACAUCAGCACACACUCACUCAUCCUCCACGACCUGCUGCCUCCACCUGUCUGCAGGUUCAUGAAGAUCACAGUGAUUGGACGCUACGGGAGCACCAACGCACGUGCCAAGAUCCCGCUAGGAUUCUACUAUGGCCACACCUACAUCCUGCCAUGGGAGAGCGAGCUGAAGCUGAUGAACGACCCGCUGAGGUCCGAGAGCGACACGUUCAGCCAGCCAGAGCUCGAACAGCACCUCGCCAUGAUGGUGGCCCUGCAGGAGGACAUCCAGUGCAGAUAUAACCUGGCGUGUCACCGUUUAGAAACCCUGCUCCAGAACGUGGACGUUCCUCCCCUGAACAGCGCCAACAACGCUCAGUACUUCCUGCGUAAACCCGAUAAAGCUCUGGAAGAGGACUCGCGCGUUUUCUCUGCUUACCACGACUGCGCACAGCUGCAGCUCCAACUCAACCUGGCCGCGCAGGCUGUGCAGAGGCUGCGCGUGUCUCUGGGCUCCCCGCGCUUGCCCCGCCCACUUCGCUCUCCUGCAGCCAAUCAGCCGCUCACACAGCUGGUGCAGCACGCCUCCACCGAACAGCUGCGCACCACCAUCCGUUACCUGCUGGACACGCUACUCAGCCUGCUGCACUCCAACAACGGUCAGUGUGUGCCGGCCGUGUUGCGGAGUGUGUUCCAGGCACAGGUGUGUGAGGAGCUCUUUAAGCAGCUGUGUAUCAGCGGUACUCCUCAGAUCAGACUGCACGCUGGCCUGCUGCUCGUCCAGCUGUGUGGAGCCGAGAGCUGGUGGGGUCAGUUCAUCUCCAACGUCCUGCAGGAGCUCUACAACUCCGAGCAGCUGCUCAUCUUCCCACAGGACAGGGUGUUUAUGCUGCUGUCAUGUAUAGGACAGCGGUCUCUCAGUAACAGUGGUGUGUUAGAGGGGCUGCUGAACCUCCUGGACUCUCUACUAUCUCCUCUGCAGCAGCCAUCUGUCUCACACCACCGCCGCACUGAGGGAGUGUUGGACAUCCCGAUGGUCAGCUGGGUGGUGAUGCUGGUGUCUCGGCUGUUGGACUACGUGGCCAGCGUGGAGGACGAAGCCUCGGCGUCCAAGAAACACCUCGGAACCAAAGACCGAGAGAGAACCUUUACAGGUAAUCAGUGGAGUUUCAUCAACAACAGUCUGCAGUCUCACACUCCGAGCAGAUCCUCUAAAGGGAACAGCAGUUUAGACCGACUUUACUCACGCAAGAUACGCAAACAGCUGGUACACCACAAACAGCAGCUGAAUUUGCUGAAAGCGAAGCAGAAAGCUCUGGUGGAGCAGAUCGAGAAGGAGAAGAUCCAGAGCAACAAAGGUUCAUCCUACAAGCUGCUGGUGGAACAGGCCAAACUCAAACAAGCCACGUCUAAGCACUUUAAGGAUCUGAUCCGCCUGCGUCGGACGGCGGAGUGGCCCCGCUCCUCUCUGGACUCGGACUCGGCCUCGGCGGCGGUGAAGGAGACUCCGGAGGUGGAGCUGCUCCCCUUCACACUCUCUCACCAGCGCUGCAUCUGUGUGGUGCAGAAACUCGCCCUGUUCCUGCUCUCCAUGGACUUCACCUGCCACGCUGACCUGCUGCUCUUCGUCUGCAAGGUUCUAGCUCGGAUAGCGAACGCCACACGACCCACAAUCCACCUGUGUGAGGUUGUGUCUGAGCAGCAGCUAGAGAGACUCCUGCUCCUUUUGGUGGGAACGGACUUCAACCGCGGUGACAUCAGCUGGGGCGGAGCCUGGGCACAAUAUUCACUCACCUGCAUGCUGCAGGACAUCCUCGCAGGAGAGUUGAUGUCUCCGGUGUGUGUGGAUGUGAUGGAGGAGGGUGCAGUAGGUGAAGAAGGUGGGAUCUCCUCCUCUUCCUCCUCCUCGGCGGUGGCGGUGUUGGACUCUGAUGACUCUCUGGCUCCGCCCACUCCGCUCACGCUGGUGGAGACGAUCGAUGAGCCGCUCGGCCCUGAUCUCAUCGCAGGUACUCCCGGGAGCUCGUCUGCUUUCCAAAGUGCUCCUCCACUGUCAUCUUUGGAAAAAGAUAAAGACAUAGACUUUGACUUGCUACAGGACCUGAUGGAUGUUGAUAUUGAUCCUUUAGAUAUUGAUUUGGAAAAAGAUCCGCUCGCCGCCAAAGUCUUUAAGCCUAUCAGCAGUACCUGGUAUGAUUAUUGGGGUGCUGAUUAUGGAACGUACAGUUAUAACCCCUACAUCGGAGGAGCAGGAAUCCCCGUGUCCAAACCUCCGGCUGCGGUGGAGAAACCGGGCUCUCAGAACCUCUCCGUCUCCGUCUCACAAGGUACCACGCCCACUGAGGACACCACAUUAACACACACACACAGACUGAUCCCCAGCGUAGAGCUCGAAUCACCUGCACAGCUGUCAAUCACUCCGGAUUCACACACAUCCACUCAUCUGCAGGUCAUG